AUCGAUAAUAUCUUAAUAGCAAACAUUGAAAAGAUUUGCAUGACGCAAAUGUUGAGAUAAAAACGUGAGUCCUUGGUUCAUUAUUGGUCGGUGUCUCGAAGUCUCCCUCAUCAUCAAGGUGUCCUUUUUGUCGAGUUUCCAUGAAAUAUCAAUGCAUAUUCAGUGCACGCACUCAUCCUAAAACUCGUUUUAUUUUGCUCGUUUUUUUUUAUCGUCGUUGUGAAAUAGGAAUGUUACCUUUUAGAUAGGUUUUAGAAUUUACGAGAGAGAUUUGUGCCGGACGUUCGGAGAAAUUGAGUUGGAAAGAUUGUUUUAGCCGACUAUUACAGAUGCCAUAUAUUCUAGUACGUGGUAACCUAGCGUCAUAUGGUCAUAAGUAUCCUUGGAGAGUUCUAGUAUCAGGGCUUAAAGCGGUUGAUAUAGAACAGCUGAGUCGCUUCUCCUCUGGAGGAUAUUGCGACGAUUCGACGAUAGUAUAUUUGCAACAUCCUUGUGUAAUAUUGACCGCUUUAGAGGUCCUCGGUUACAAAGUCGUCGCGUCGUCCAGCACUAGCGUUAAGCAGGAUUAUAAUGAGUAUAUGUGGACCAUGAGAAAAGAUUUUUCAGAACCUGAACCUGAUCCUGUUAUAAAAACUGCGCGGCAAUGGCAAAGACAAAGGCAACGACCAACGUCACGUCCAAAAAGCUGGACGUCGUCGACGACGACGACGACAUUUUCUAUUACGUCGGUGUAAAAGCGUCCCCGUACGCGAGCGAUUGCGCGGUGUUCGGUCUGUCGUCGUACGAGCAGUCAGCCUUACGCAGCCAUUUUCCGCUGACGCCCGA